AAGAAAGAAAGCGAGAGAGAGAGUGAGAGAGAGUGUGUGAGAGAGAGAGGGAGUGAAAGAGAGAGAGUGUGUGAGAGAGAGAAAGUGAGUGAGUGGGGGAAGAAUCUAAUGCGCAUGCGCGGCGAGAAUCGUCUAUCUUUCCGAACAGUGGGCAUGACGCCAUAUUUGUUCCAUUGAUACCGGCAUCAAGCAGGAUACGUAUCGCUGUCAUUAAUUACAGAUUUUCAAGAAUUCCACUAAUUGAAAAAGUGCAGUUAAUUGAAGAAGUACAGUUAAUUGAAGAAGUGCCACUAAUUAAAAAAUUCAACGAAAAUUGUUAGAGUUCUAUGUCAUACAUUAGAGAGUAAGACACAGCAACUGGAGGCAAAAGAUGGAGGAGUUGGAAAGGAUGAAGAGAAGGCACCACGUGUAUAUCUUUAGGAGAAAGUAAUUUAUCCUUGUGUUAUCUUCGAGCAGAAUCGGGGAUAUCGAUUUAAAAAGAAAGUUGAAGCAGAGUCAAGAGUGUCUACUCCAGAUGACUAGUCGCCCGGUCCGAUAGGUGUAUCCACGAACACGAUAAAGAAAACAAAGGUUUCUUUAAAAUCACUUUGGACUGCAUUGAAUACAUUGAAGAAGAAAAAGAAGAAGAAGAAGAAGAAGAAGAGAAAAAACAAAAAGAAAUAUCAGAGAAAAACGAAAAGAGGAUCCGUAAUCGAUAGGGAAUUUCUUAUGUCUCUCCCGAACAACAUGCAUUAGCCUUCUUCAAGAUUAGAAAGGGAAGAGAGAGAGAGAGAGAAAGAGAGAUAGAUUGAGAAACAUAGAUGAAGCUAUAGAGAUGGAAGAACAAAGAAGACCUUCCGAAUCUUCCGAACAGAUAGAAUUUAAGAGAAAGGACAGCAAGGAUUAGCAUUUAUUUAGGUGUGUUGUGAGUGAAGUCAACAAGCGACAAGGCUGUUACAUAAAUAUUCGAUGAGAGAAAUAUUACUGUUAUAUGUAAUGGUCUUCGAUGAUGGCGGAUAAAAAAUUGAAGAGAAGAGAUCGGAGAAAGGAAUAUUUAGCGUUUCGGAAUCCUUCGAGAAAAAGAGUAAAGGAUAUAUAUUUGUGAUGUUCCAAAGAGAAUCCGCAGUGGUAGCGGGAAAAGUAACGGGGAAAGGAUCGGGUCUUUCCUCUUGAGUGGAGCAGAAGCGCGAGAUAAAGGUAUAGAAGUACUAACAUGUAACAAAGGAGGAGAAGAAGAAGAAGAAGAAGAGGAAGAAGAGGAAGAAGAAGAAGAAGAAGAAGAAGGAGAAAGAAGGAGAAUGAAAGAAAAAGAAGAAAGCCUUCAUUCCCUAAUACAAUCCCAUCCUUAAAAGCAAUCAUAUUGAUUAAGAGCGCACCAUCCUUGCCGAAACACGAGACGGCCGGAUGGCCGGCGUAGUUCCUGUUUAUUUAUCCCCUAAAUUGCAAGAGAGCAAUUACUAAUACGAGGAUAAUCGAUUUAUUUAAGAAAAUAUUUCCGAAGGUCAACUGGUCAUCUCACCGCACUUCGUCUUCGAGGAGCUCUAGCAUUCCUAGUAGGGUUGCCAGUAGAAAGCACCUAAGUCACUAGGACACCUAAGUGCUGAGGGAAAGCAUCGAGUCGUUACACCUGGCGCGAAAGCACUAUAAAUCGUACAAAGGUGCUGUGAUUGGUGCGGAAGUGCUCAACACUGACGUGAUCGAGCUACAACUUCGAAAAAAGCUAGUAAAAUCGUCCUACCCUGUUUUAAAUCAUUGGCCGGAUAUGUCAGGUGAAGGGCUCCGUGUUGGCUCGACGAGGAAAGGAAAAAAGGGAAAGGUUUCGACGUCCCGUCGUCGUGAGUAUUACGACGGCCGCGCAUUUUCCCACACCUCAACGGUUACUACAACCAGCGGAAGAUUUAAACUUGAAUCCAUGCGCGUGUCAAAAUGGUAGAGACGCAAAAGGCCCUGCUGUUAGUAGUAUUGGCUGUCCUGGCCUAUCCAAACGAUAUUUUCGGCGGUGCUUAUCAGCCAGAAUUUGCUGGCCCUAUUACGAAUUUAACGAUACCACUUGGAAGGGACGCGACCUUCACGUGCCUAGUCAAACAUUUAGGAGGAUACAGGGUAGGCUGGGUGAAGGCCGACACCAAAGCGAUACAGGCCAUUCACGAUCACGUAAUAACACACAACAAGAGAAUUUCGGUGUCUCAUAGUGAUCAUACCAUGUGGAAUCUUAAUAUAAAGGGUGUCCAAGUAGAAGACGAGGGUUUAUAUAUGUGUCAGAUUAAUACGGAUCCGAUGAAAAGCCAGACAGGUAUGCUGUCAAUCGUGGUACCACCUGACUUCGUACCAGAAGAUACAUCCAGUGACGUCAAUGUUGGUGAAAAUGGUCAGGUGAAGUUAACGUGCCGUGCAAGAGGCGUACCCCCGCCCCGCGUAUCCUGGCGUAGAGAAGACGGCAAGGGUAUUAUAAUUCGGGAGCCAGCAGGAAGUGCUUUGAACCAGAAGUCUCACGUAACAACUCUAACCGAAUUUCAUGGGGAGGAAUUAAAGUUAACGAAAAUCUCGAGGACCGAAAUGGGCGUUUAUUUAUGUAUUGCUAGCAAUGGAGUACCACCGGCAGUUAGCAAAAGAAUUUCUAUAAACGUUCAUUUCACUCCUGCUAUUCAUGUACCUAAUCAACUAGUUGGAGCUCCUUUAGGUACUGAUGUUGUUUUGGAAUGCUACGUCGAAGCAUCUCCUAUGUCGAUUAAUUAUUGGAUGAAGGAAAAAGGAACGAUGAUAAUAUCCAGUACGCAACACGUAGUCGACAUGAUCGAGAAGUCUACAUUUGAAGUACGUAUGAUCCUGACGAUAAAGAAUCUACAGAAACACGACGUGGGAACGUAUCACUGUGCAGCGAAGAAUUCUCUUGGCGAAGUUGACAGCACAAUUCGUUUGUACGAAAUACCUGGACCAGCUAAAACGGAACUGGCUACUUGGGCUUCCUUCUACGAUGAGGAUAAUAACAAGAUCCCUUAUGGUCAAGCGGAGAUGGAUAAGACGGAAAACAAUUCCGUUUAUAUGGAAAACUCUCUUCUUCACGGUUCAAACCACGCACGCCUUCCGCCAACAUUGGCAACGGCUUUACCUACCUCCGUCAAAAUAGGCAAAAAUCGACCGACUGUUAACAUCUCUUCUUAUGCUAACGAUCUUACCAUAAGACAUAACGCUUUAUUAUUAUUAUUAUUAUUAUUAUUAUCAUUAUCAUCAUUUUCGAGCACUAUGCCUUGGUGAUCACAGUGAUGACGAUAAUGAUGAUCGAGAGACUCGAACUAAAUCAAGCUGAUCGUUUAUAAUUCUCCUGUUUUAUUCAAGAUUGAUCGAGUGAAUAUUAUUGAUAUUAUGUCUGAUAUUAUUAUUCAUUAUUGAAGAGAAAGAGAGAGAGAGAGAGAGAGAGAGAGAUUACUUUAAUAGUUUAGACGUUGAUAAAAUUUCUUGAUCAUCAUCGUCUUACUUGAUACAUCAACUGUACUAUCGAUUUUCAUCAUGGAUAUAAGACGCUUCAUAUUUGUAUAAAUUGAAUUAGUUAAGGAAAGAGAAAAAGAGAGAGAGAGAGAGAGAGAGAGAAAGAGAGAGAGAAAAAGAGCUGACGAACAUUUUAAAUAUCCAUAUAAAAUUCCAUCGCGUAUGUGUAUGUAUGUAAAACGCGUCGCCUUUUAUCGUAUAUUAAAAUCGCGUUUUCAUCGAGUUCUAUAUUCGACAUUUACGAAUGAUCAGAAGGUUAAAUAAUCGCAUAGUCCUUUAAAUUUGUUUAAAUUAUAUAGAUAUAGCAUGUAGUAUCGUUAGUUUUUAAUCAGAUCUGGGCAUUAAGAAAAUUCAUUAUUAUUUCUCUAUUUUAUUUUUAAUAAUAUUAAACGAAUUACGUAUGUAUGUGUGUGUGUGUAAGUGUGUGUGUGUGUGUCACAUUUGUUUCAUUAGAAAUGAUUUAGUUCGAAUGAAAAAUUAUCUUGAUAUAAUUAAUUAAUAUAUACGAUAUAAGAUCAAAAAUUUUUGAUUGAUUUUAAGAAUCGAUAUAUACUCUUUAUCGAGAUUUUUUAUAAGCUUUUCAAAUUGUAAAACUAAAAGCUUAAUUACAAAUCUAAAAAAAAAGUCUUGAAAAAGAGUAAUUGAUUUUUCAAAUCAUUCACAAAUUUUCGAUCCAUCCUACGUAUGUAUAAAUGUUAAGUAUAUAAAUGGUUUAUUUUCUUUUUUUUUUUUGUUUUUUUCUCUUUCUUUUUACUUUUUUUUUUAUAAAUUGUUUGUCACGAUCAAAAAAAUUGGAUUUCGUUAUUUGAGAUAUUACUUGAACUGCUUCUUUUUUUUUUUUUUCUUUUUUUUUUUUGUUUGAAAACAACAAAUGUGCCCAGAUCUGACUUCGACGAGAGACGAUAUUAUUUUCUGCGAGAAGAUUGUGGAUAGCUUCUCUGGAAGAGUAAUCAAAGACUGAAGAAGAAGAAGUAGAAGAAGAAGAAAAAGAAGAAGAAAAAGAAAACGAAGAAGAAGAUCUAUUAAUUGUCACUCGCAAACACUUUCACCGGUUGACGAUACUUUAGCAUUUGUAAAACAAAAAACUUAUAUAAUAUUAUAAAACAAAAAACUUAUAUAAUAUUAUAAAACAAAAAAAAAAGAAAGAAAGAAAGAAAGAAAGAAAGAAAGAAAUUUUUACACGGUACACCGAUCCUCUUGAUUUACGCGAUGUGUUUGUUCUUCAUGCGGUUAUUUUUUACGCGAAUAAAAAUCACCUAAAAUGAAAUCUGCCAAUAUGGAAAAAAAAUAUUACAGAUAGAAAAGUCAUGGUAUAAGUUAUAAAAAUAUUUAUUCUUCAUAUAGUUUCAUAUCAGGAAAAAAAAGGGGGGAGGGGAUGGAGGAGAAAAAAAAAAAGGAAAAAUUAUAAAGUAUUCUGCAAAAUGUAAAAGAAAUUGUAUUCGUUGUUUCGUUAUCGCGACAUCAAAGCUUUAAACCAAUCAACGUUUUCUCUUUUAAUUAUUUCAAGGUCAAAGCAUUCAUUAAAAAAAAAAAUCUCAUACUUUAGUCAUAUUGAGUCGACGAUAGAGUGAAAAUUCUAUAAAAAAAAAAAAAAAAAAGAAAAGAAAAUUUAUAGAAAAAUAUACGUAUGUAAUUUCUAAUCGCGUGAAAUUAGAUCGCGUUUAAAGGUACCGCUGUAUAAAAUAAUUAAAACAAAAUAUAAAAUUGAUAUAAAAUAAUUAAAAAUUUUGAUAAUCUACAUUUAGAAAGAAAAUCACGUAAAAUCAAGAGACAGAGGUGUAAUUUUAAAGUAGAAACAAAAUGUUUAAGAGAGAGAGAGAGAGAGAGAGAGAGAGAGAGAGAGAAAGAGAUCGUCAAUAGAUAGAAGAAACAUGAUUUAUAAAUCGACAUAUUCUUUUUUUUUUCUUAUUCGUUCUGUUUUAGAGAGUAACAACAUAGUUGACUUGUAAGAGAAAAGAAAAAAGAAUUGUAUGAAAAA